UUCUUGAAUCAGUUUCAUUGCGAACGCCGUCGCGUGCGGUUGAGUUUCUAGAUUGUAACUUGAUUUCGUUGAGUUGAGUUGAGCGCGAAACGGUUAAGAUAGUUAUCCCAUCUAUACAUUUAAACAAAUUCACGUUAAUCAAGUGCAUUUCAAUAGUCAUGCGUCUCUUGCUGCUGACGGCGCUGCUGGCGUUCCUGGAAUGGGGACAGGUGCGUGGCGAGGAUGAUUACUGCUUUGGCAAGGACGCCGAACGUCUGCAGACGCGUCAAUUCAGCUCGAAGACCGCCUAUCAGAUCGUCAAGGGCACCAAUAUCGAUAAACAGUACCAGGUGCCCGGCUGUGAGCCCAAGAAAAUGUGGAUAUUCCACAGACACGGCACACGUCUGCCCACACCCUCGACCAUCGAAGAAGCUCCACGUCUCGGCGAGCUGAGGGAUUUGAUUGUGAAAAACUAUCGUGUGUUGCGCACAAAGCCCGACACGGAUGCCUUGUGUCUGGACGAUCUGUUUGCCAUUCAAAUGUGGAAGUGGAACACCAGCAUCACGGUUGACAUCGAGGAGCAUUUGACCAGCCAGGGCUAUGAGGAUCUGCGUGGCACUGCCAAGCUCUAUCAACACUACUUCCCCAACGUGUUGCCCAACAAGUACAACAGCACCUACUAUCUGUUCCGUCAUACAAACACGCAACGCACCACGGAGAGCUUUAAGGGUUUUGCUGAGGGUUUGUUUGGUGACAGUCAACUGGCUCUGGCUGCUGAGAUACCUGAGCAGGAUUUACUAUUGCGUCCCUACGAUUAUUGUCCCGAUUUCAAAGGAAAGAACUACAAGGGUGAGGGUUCCGAGUACCAGAAGUUCCGCACAAGCACGCUGUGGAACCAAACCAUGGCUGACAUUGCCAAGCGAUUGGGCUUCACUGUGCUGGCCGAAGACGACAUUAAGCUGAUGUUCGACAUUUGCCGCUAUGAGCAGGCCUGGCAGGUGGAUCGCACCAGUGUCUGGUGUGCCGCUUUUCUGCCCCAGCAAGUGUCUGUGCUGGAGUACGCCGAGGAUCUCAAGUAUUACUACGGUUCGGGCUAUGGCUUUGAGGAGAACACACGCUUCAAUUGCCGGGCCGUGCAGGAUAUGUUGGCCCGUCUCAGCAGUCCAGUCUCUCCACAUGUGGUCGCCUAUUUCGCCCAUUCGUCGGGUCUGCAGACGCUGCUAACGGCUCUGGGCAUUAACAAGGACGAUGUGCCAUUGCGUGCGGACAACUACGAUUCGAUGGCAAGCCGUCGCUGGCGCACCAGUCUCUUGGGUCCAUUUGCGGGCAAUUUCGUGGCUGUCAAGUACGAUUGCCCCACCGAGGUGGAGAAGGAGAAGGUGGUGUUCUUCCUCAAUCAGAAUGGUGUGCAGUUGGACUGGUGCAAUGUGGGUCUGUGCAACUGGUCGGAUGUCUUGCAACGCUACAAGGCCAUUGCGGAGGCCAACUGUGAUGAAUACUACUGCCGUUCGGGUGCGAAUGCUGGACAGACAGUUACCUCGUUGCUGGCCACCACACUGCUAGCUGCCAUUGUCUACUUAAUGCAUUAGAUCAAACAGUUGCUUUAGUUUUCUAAUUUGUAAUGUACAAAGUUCAUACCAAAUAGAGCAAAUGAAAUCGA